AUGCUAGCCUCAGCCGGAGAUGAUGAACCGGACCCGGUCGUGGGACAAGAUCUGCCAACCGAAGCCGCCACUCCAAGAGUGCUGACUAUAAUCUCUCAUGUGAUGGAGAAGCUCGUGGCACGAAACGAAUGGUUGGCUAAGCAAACUAAAGGAUUCGGGAAGAGUUUGGAUGCGUUUCACGGCGUGAGAGCACCGAGCAUAAGUAUAGCCAAGUACCUUGAGAGGAUAUAUAAGUACACAAAAUGUAGCCCGUCGUGUUUCGUGGUCGGGUAUGUGUACAUAGACCGGCUAGCUCAUAAGCAUCCUGGUUCUUUGGUUGUCUCCAUGAAUGUUCAUAGACUCCUCGUCACUUGUGUCAUGAUUGCUUCCAAGAUGCUAGACGACGUGCACUACAACAACGAAUUCUACGCUCGGGUUGGUGGCGUGAGCAAUGCUGACUUGAACAAAAUGGAGUUGGAGCUUCUCUUCCUCCUUGACUUUAGAGUUACAGUGAGUUCUAGAGUUUUUGAGAGCUAUUGCUUUCACCUUGAUAAAGAGAUGCUAUUAUUACACGGUGACGUUUCUUCGCUUCAAGAUAAUCAACCAAUGCAAGAGAGCCUAUCUGUUGCAUCCACUUUAUCUUCUUUAUAUGUUUAA